CGUGGAGCUUUCUUAGUAAACGUAGAAUCUCGAGUGGCAUCACAGGUUUUGCACUGUAAAAGUGACGUUUUAUCGCUACAACUUGAUAAUCCGAUUUGAGUGUUGCUGGGCUUAGGCAGGAGAACUGACAGGAAUGCAAUCAUGUUGUGGAUAAUUAUGAUGGACCUCAACUGGAGAACUUUAAGAUGGAAACAUCAUUUUAUGUGGCCUCCGCAACGGAGCAAUUUUGACAGUUGAUGCUCGUCAGAAAUGUCAAGAUUUUGCUUCUCAACAUCGAAAUCCCAAUGUCAUCGAAUUCUUCAAGACCAAAGCUCCAAAGGAAUGCGCAUUACCCUCCUAAGAUAUCAAUGCCAUCAUCUAUCGCUUGCUUGAAGUCACUGAUGCUCUAUGAUCAAUACUUUCUGGCAAGCUCCAUGGAUGGAUCGAUCAAGCUUUAUGAUCAACGUCUGAUCCAAAAAGGUGCUGUUCAAUCUUAUGAAGGAUAUGUUAAUUCUCAUACUCGCAUACAACUUGGAGUAGACCCAACAGAGAGAUUUGUUAUGUCAGGUGGUGAGGACUGCAAAAUGCGGCUUUGGAGUAUCAAAUCUGGGGAAAUGCUUUUUGAGAAUCGAUUCAUGAGUUCAGUGCCUUCAGUUGUCUGUUGGGCAAAACCUGCAGAUCUUGCAAGAACACCUGGUGAAUUACUAGAUGACCAAGAUUACUGGCAGAAACAUGAAUGGGGGGUGUGGAUUGGAUCUCGUGAAGGGCUUUUUUACAUGGAUUGGUGCUGAAUGGUACUCGUUCAGUGGUCGUAUCUGUGUAGUGUUGUGGCUUAGGUUCCUAGAAAGAUAGAACUGCUUCAAGGUUGCAAUUGUCAGCAAAGCUUGGGACAAAGCUACAAGGACCUCCUGUGUGCUCAACUGCUCAACCAAGCUGGUUUUUCUAUUAGCUUGAAAUUCAAAUAGAUUCAAGCUAAUAUUGCAGCUUUUUUUUUUAUGUAGAAUUCAUCAUCAUCCCUGCAUAGAACUGUAAAUUGGUAUGCAUAGUUUUAGCUUUAUUUUCUGGAGGAAAGUUGGGCUGUAAAGGAAGAAAAGGAAAGAAAUAUAUUUUUUUGUAGCAUAAUGAAACUAUUUUAAGACAUGAAGAGAUAGAUUAUAGAAAGUGACUCCUCUCUUUAGUUGCUUCUGCUGUUGUAACAGAUGUCAAAUGUAGUAGACUUAUAACAAUAUUUUUUUGUAGCA